AUGCGCUUCGGAAAGCGACACUUCAACGCCGAUCGGCCGGACGAAGGAGGACAAUCGGCGUUUGCAGAAGAUUGCGGGCACGACUUGAUCCGGUGGCCCGGUCCCGAGGUGACGCGGUGUUGGGAGAAAAGCCGAAUCCCCUUAUCCUCCUUCCCCUCCCACUCCUCUUGCUCGUCUUGCUCCAACUCUUCGUUCAUCUCCCGAUUCCACUGCCUGCGUGACAUCCACGAGAGCUACCCCCAUCCGCCACGUCGUUCAACUUCCUACAGCUUCAGGCAGGUAACAUACCCUUCGUCAGGAAGGUUCUUAAAAUGA